AUGGCCGACGAGAACGAAAAGAGUCCGGAUGAUCGAUCGGAGGAGCUGUACACGUGGAUUUCCAUGAUUCCAUCCUUGAAACAGAAAAAAAAUUUACCAAGAGACUUUUCGGACGCUGUUUUGAUGGCGGAGAUCCUCAAGGUAUAUUACCCCCGUUACGUUGAUCUCCACAAUUACGUGCCAGCCAACAGCUUGACGACGAAGAAAGAAAAUUGGGGCAUCUUAAAUCGGAAGGUGUUCAGCAAAAUCGAUAUGAAAUUGUCUAAAGAUACGAUCAGUCAGCUGGCGAAUUCUCAUCCCGGGGUCGCUGAACAUUUAUUGCUAGAGCUAAGGGACAAAGUUUUGUGCAACGAUAAGGAGAAAGGCAAGAACAAGAAGUAUGCUACGAUAGAAGAAAAUUCGUGUUUCGCCGACCGAUUAACCGCAGAGACAGAAUGCUCCCGUAGAUCGAUCUACGCACGUGUCAAAGAGAGACUGUUCUUUAUCGUGCAAUGGCUGCUAAGUUGGCUAUGCGUUUGGAAUUAUUUCCCAAGCAUAAAGUUCCGGAAAGAAAGUACCGACACAGUGUCCAGGACGGAGAACACAUGGGAGAACAGAAACGUCGAAGACGGUUCCAUUCCUCAUUACGUCUGUACGCAAUUGAAGCAAGAACUUUGCGAAAAGGACGACAUUAUCUGUACCUUGAAUCGCAAGGUCGAAUAUCUGGAGAGCGCGAUGAAAGUGAAGGACCUGCGAAUAUCGAAUUUAGCGUCGCAAAUCUUACAGAACGCCGUGGACUCCGAGCAGCUCGGAAAAGUUCAAACGAACAACGAUACACAGAUCAAAUCUCGAUUUCAAUUGCUACACGUUCGGGAUAAAUUUAAAGUGGAGGAAUAA